AGGGAGGGAAGAGGGGCGGAGCGGAUGAGCUGCCGCCGCCGCCGCGCACUGGAGCUGCCGCGCCUCAAGCCCAGCAAGGCAGGCAGGCAGGCAGCGAGCGGAGAGCCGGAGGAAGGAAGGAAGGAAAGAAGGACGGAAGCGAGCGAGCGGGCGGCCGGCUUGGCUCGCCCCGGCAGGCAGCGGCGACGGGUCCCUUGGAGGGAGUUUGGGAAGACCUCUAGCAGGUGCUGUCAAUACUGAUGAGAGAUCUUAUAUGCCAAGACUGUCAGUAUUUGAAUAGACCACAUCAUGCGUGAGUACAAGCUAGUGGUCCUUGGCUCAGGUGGCGUUGGGAAGUCUGCUUUGACUGUACAGUUUGUUCAGGGAAUUUUUGUUGAAAAAUAUGACCCCACAAUAGAAGACUCGUACAGAAAGCAAGUGGAAGUAGACUGUCAACAAUGUAUGCUUGAAAUCCUCGAUACAGCAGGGACAGAGCAAUUUACAGCAAUGAGGGAUCUCUAUAUGAAGAACGGCCAGGGGUUUGCACUAGUAUAUUCUAUUACAGCACAGUCCACGUUCAAUGACUUGCAGGACCUGAGGGAGCAGAUCUUACGGGUCAAGGACACAGAAGACGUUCCCAUGAUUCUGGUUGGCAAUAAAUGUGACCUGGAAGAUGAACGUGUAGUUGGCAAAGAACAGGGACAGAACUUAGCAAGACAGUGGUGUAACUGUGCCUUUCUAGAGUCAUCUGCAAAGUCGAAAAUCAAUGUUAACGAGAUCUUUUAUGAUCUCGUCAGACAGAUAAAUAGAAAAACACCAGUGGAAAAGAAGAAGCCUAAAAAGAAAUCAUGUCUGCUGCUCUAGACCCACAGCAUGCAGCAGCUCUGAGCCAGGAUUACAGGAAUGAAGAACUGUUGCCUAAUUUGGAAAGUGCCACCAUUCCAGACUUCAAAUAACUACACCACAAAUUAACAACAUAUCCGAAGAGGCUUCUGUUUUUAUAUAUUAUGUGAAGAAUUUAGAUCUUAUAAUGGUUUGCACAAAGGUCCCUUGGGGGGGAGGAAAUAAAAUAAAAUUGCUUUGUGUAUAUCUCUUGGGAAUUAAAGACAAUAGUCCUUCUCCUUUGCAAUAGCAGUUAACAGAUGUGAUAAUAAAUAUAAUUGACUCUAGUUGUAUGAUUAUACAAAAGAGCAUGGAUGCAUUUCAGAUGUUAGAUAUUGCUACUAUAAUUUCAUAUUGACCUCUUACCAUAAUUCUUCUCCCAUCCAGCACUAAAAAUGGUCAGCCAGUAAUACUUUAUAUCUAUCAUGAUAGAUACAAUUAUACAAAUUUUACCCUUUGAACUCAUGGCAGCAAAUAACUUUCCAAGUCAUUGACUUCAUUUUAUAUUUAAAAAGUUACGGAAUAUCAUUAUUUUCAUUCUGCCAUUAUAUUCUAAUUAAAAUUGUGCAUAAUGCUUUGGGAAAAAAUGGGUCUUUUAUAGGAAAAAAAACUGGGAUAACUGAUUUCUAUGGCUUUGAAAGCUAAAAUAUAUAAUAUACUAAACCAACUCUAAUAUUGCUUCUUGUGUUUUACUGUCACAGAUUAAAUUACAGCUUUUAUGAAUGAUUAAAUUUUAGUACAUUU